UCAUGGGUGUUUUCCAUGACGUAUGGAGGUGACGUCACAGGUCACGUGUGGAGGGUGGGACCAAAUAAACUACUAUUUUGUGUGGGGAAGAGUCGACGUGUGGACAUGGUACAGAAAUAUGAGCCUGCUACAACAGCUAAGUCAGCGAUGGAGAUGACUAUUCUCUGGGGUUUGGUGGUCACUCUUGUGUGUCCACCUCUGGCCACCUGUGGGACCACACCAAGGCCAGAAACCGCCACGUCCACCAUGCGUGCAUUUGAUGGUGCGUCAUUGGCAACCUUCAGGCCAUCUACACGAUUUGCACAAAUGAGGAUUGGCAAUACGUCAGAGACUAAUACCGUCAUCAGCCUUAGAUUUAAGACAAGGAAUCCUGAUGGGUUACUAGUCUACUUUGGGGGUCCAACGUACCUUGCUCUCUCCUUGCACAGAGGAGGACUUGUACUCAGUUUAAAAACUCAGGAAAACAGGACAGCUUCUAAGAGUACAUUUGGGGAGGACUUCAAUGAUGGGAACUGGCAUCAAAUCACCAUCCAUAGAAAUAGUCACAUCGCUUACCUGGAAUACAACACGGAAAACCUUCUGGGUCAUGGUAUCGUCAGUGAACGUGAAGAUCUCCAUACGGAUCAGUUAUUCAUCGGUGGUGCACCAGAUGCUGCCUUGCCUCCGGACUUUCAGUGGAGGACUUCCUUCCGUGGCUGCAUCGAAGAUGUUCGCUUUGCAUCUUACAUGUCUUCUGACCCAAAGGAUCCAGAAAAGUUGUAUUUUCAUAGAGAUUCCUUUUCUGGGAUAGGUUACCUGAAUGAUUGUGCAGAGUCAUUGACCUGUAGCUGGUUUGACUGUCUAGACUUUAGGGCGGUCUGCAACCUUGGUGUCUGUGAGUGUGGAUCCUCUUACGUGGCCCUGUCCGAGGACCCAUUAGUCUGUGGUUACCCAACCACUUAUAGGACAUUUACAGACACUUCUAACACCAAUGGCAACAGGAACAAUUUUGGCUUCUCUUUUGAUGGCGAACUGUCGAUAGUCUGGCUUAUCAUUAUUUCCGUCAGUAUUUUCGUGGCUCUGCUCUGUUUGUGCAUCUGUGUUAGCAAGCGGAGUUCAGAACCUACACCAAAAGACAGCAUGCACCGUACCAGUUCCAAUGGAGCGUUCCCUGAGGAUGGUGGAUUCCCUGUCUGGGUCUUGGUUCCUGUCGCUUUUUUUGCUGUGCUCUGCCUGUUUUGCUAUCUUUUCAGAACAAGGGGAAUCACACAGAAUGCACAAACCACGACAGCCUUACCCAUGACUCAGACACAGUCCAGUGAAACUGCCUUUGACCUAAACCCGCCCACCUACCAAGAGGUGGUUGCUGUUACAGACGUGAACCCCACCCUGACUGAAACUUCCACAGAACCACCAUCAGCCAACCAGCAAACAGAACUGUCCAACCACGACAGAGGUGUCCAGCAACAAGGACGGCCAUCGGCGCUACCAAGCUCUACAAGCGGUCCUCCAUCUAACUAUGAGAGUAAUCAGGUCCCACCUGAAGGUCAAAGGUCACCUGGCGUGCCUCCUCCCUCCUAUGAAAGUUUCAUGCAGUAUUCUAAAACCCCUCCUGGCAGCCUAGAAGCACUAGAUGUGUAGCUGUAGGUUAUGGUACAUGGGAUAGUGCUGGAAAAUCAGUGUGACUUUCUGGAAUUAUACCCAUAUAUAUCAUACACUUUUGAUGCUAAUUAACAGGUUUUUAAUUGAAGUGAAACAUUGAGGGAAAAAUUGAAGUGAAACAUUUCUACAUUGGGAACAGCACAAUCUAAAUUGAAUUUGAAUUCAACAAUUUUUAUUCCAUAAUAUGUAUGUGAUAUUUAUCUAGCGUUGCUUGCCUUUUUACCUUUUUAUAUAUAAUAGUAACAUAAUUAUAUUGAUUGUUUUGAGCAAUAGAAUGAUGCUUGUUUCACUUCAGUCUAGAAGACCAUGACACCUCAUUCCAGUUGUUCAUGUCAGCUGCAGUUCAAAUCUCAGUUGUUAGGUGGCAUUC